AUGAUGACAACAACUUUAUCAUACUAUAAGAAGAUUUACAGAUGCAUAAAUCGCCUACCGAUUGACUUAAAAAGUUUGAAAGUGGCCAAGGAUAAAGUCAAAAACGCUUUCAAAACUAAACCCAGCUCAAAUUCUGCUCUUGCAGAUCCCAAGCAAUACAAAGAUUCCAUCCGCUUGAUGACAAGUCUUCUUAAUGGCGACUAUAAGAGCUUUCCAGAAACUUUAGACCUUAUCUAUAAGAAGGGAGAACCUUUUGAUGAUUGGGCACGAGAUUUUCUCCACACGAAGUACAGUUCCUUCAAAAGUUCAUGGCCUCAGGUUCACCUCCUCGAAGAGUUUGGAAUGAAGUAUCACAUUGAUCAUUAUAACAAAGAAUUACAGAAGCUGAAGCCCGAAGAUAUGGAGUUUCUGCUCAUGAAAGAGAUGAAGCUCAGUCUCUUGCUGCAUGAGAAACCAAUUCAGCCGUUGCGCCAUCACCAUCACAAAUCAAGCGUGCAAAGUCUCGUGAAAGAGGCCGAAAAAUUCUACAAGUUCAUUUUGGCGAACUCAAACGCGUUACUCAAUGGUAGAUCGAAGCCAUUUGAAGUGAUAUACGAGCCUACGCGUUUUGGCUUACCAAAAAGCGUCGCUGCCAGGGAACAUGAUCUCAGGACGAAAGUGACUCAUGUGAAAAACAUUAUUCGGCAAUUGCGCCCGUUAUCACGAGAGCAGCUUACCCACUUGGCCGAAGUGGCAUCCGGAAAGAUUGAAGAGGAACGAGUGAGGAUCAAUCCUAGCUUUUUUAGGUAUGCUUCUCGACAGCAUAACGCUAUCAAUGACGUAUCGCCAUUUGAGAGAAUCUACUUGCGUCAAAAACAGCUUGUUCCUAAUGAGCGUAAUAUAAGGUACUUUUACAGAGAUUACGUGACGAAGCAGUUUUAUAAGGAUGAGGAUGGAACUUUGAAGAUGGGCCCUAUGCGCUUUUACGAUUGA